CCAAGAAGGGUCCGAACGGGCGCUACUGCAGGAAUGGCCCUAAGGAUGCUCUGGGCUGGACAGGCUAAAGGGACCCUGGGCGGCUGGGGGGUCAUCUGCUUGGUGAUAUCUCUGCUCCUCCAGCAUCCAGGAGUCCACAGCAAGUGCUACUUCCAAGCUCAAGCCCCCUGCCACUAUGAAGGGAAACAUUUCAGCCUGGGGGAGUCUUGGCUCCGCAAGGACUGUUUCCAUUGCACCUGUCUGCAUCCCGUUGGUGUGGGCUGCUGUGACACGUCCCAGCAUCCUAUUGACUUCCCCGCUGGGUGUGAAGUACGUCAGGAGGCAGGAACCUGCCAGUUCUCCCUGGUGCAAAAAUCUGACCCCCGGCUGCCCUGCAAAGGGGGCGGGCCCGACCUAGACUGGGGCUCGGCUAACACCCCUGCUCCUGCGGCUCCUGCUCCCCACUCCAGCUAA